AUGGAUCCCACAAUCCAUUCUCGUGGCAUCCAGACCGUCAACCAGCUCCUCGAUGGUUACAGCAGUCUCUCGGUCGAAACCCUCCUCGCUCCUCUGUCAGAAAGCUUUCAGCAUAGAGUGCUACCCGAAAGCCUGGGUAUGCCCGCCCGCGACAAGGCCGCCUUCACUCAGCACGCAACAGGGGUUUUCAGCAUCUUCGAGAACUUCCAGUUGAUUCCCAAAUCGAUAUGCGAAAACAUGGCAGCAAAUUUCGUCGUGGUGUAUGCGGGCAUGAAAGGCACGUUGAAGGCAGGAAAGGGAGAAUGGAGAAACGAGUGCAUCAUGAUGAUCCGUCUUUCAACAGACGGGCGCAAGAUAGUUGAGGUCAACGAAUUCGUUGAUAGUGCCAAGGCAAUGGAGAUGAGACAGAAGCAUGCACCGAAGGGGGCGUUUGGCGGCCACCAGUUGGCGAAACGGGCGAGCUUCGUGUUGACGAGAACAACGUUGCCUGGUAUGCUGAAGGGAAUGAAUCACUUCGUUUUACACAUUGCCGUUGUUGGGACACGAUAA